CUCUGUGGAGCGAUUCGCCAAAAGGAAGAGGUAAACAUUACGAAGAAGAAAAAAAAAAAAACAGUUCCGCAUAGUCAGCCAGAGGUUUCACUGCACUGUGGCUCUCGGGUUUGGUGACAACAUGGCAAGGCUGAAAGAGAAAAGACGAGACAAAAUCAGCGUCGCCUCAGAGAUUGACCGCUUGGAGGAGCAGCGGGUGCGUUGCCAAGACAACCUGGAGAGGGCGGAGUUCAGGAGCAGGAAGGAGAGGCUCUCUGAGAAGCAGAGACAAGACCUGGAGGAUGAAAUGACAAUCAUGAAUGAGAGGGUGCAAAAGCUAGACAAGGAGCUGGAGAUGUUACGAGGCGAAAACCGGAGGAACAUGUUGCUGUCAGUCGCUCUGCUGGCUGUCAGCGCUCUCUUCUACUAUGGGUUUUUCUACAAUGCAGACGAGUCAUAAAAUCACCCAGAGCCUCAAAGGGACAUAUUGUUCUUCAAGAGCCAUGUUGGUACGAGGAUAUGGUUAUGAACACAUGAAAAUGACCCAGCAGUUAUAUGGAUGAAAUGCCACUGUUCUGCAUCCAGAUGGUGUUGUUUUGAAGUCUUCUGGUCAGAACCUAUCCCGGCUUCAUUAACAGCACACCUGGAUUUUCUUAUUUGAAACUUCAUUUUUGCAGCUUAUCAUAUAUCUGUCAAUCUUAUUCUCAUUUCACGUGGGCUUAUCUGGACUGACAAAGAAAAAGGCUUCUGAUUAUACCUUCAUGUAUUGGUCAUUUAUACACUUGUAACACUUUUCAUCAUAAUGUUUGCCUUAUGCUGCUUUCCAUUUGUCUCGGAAUUCGGAUGUAGGAGCUGGGAGUGACGUCAGUCCCGAGUUGAGUGUGUUCCAGUGGGAAAGUCAGAAAAGCAAGGAAAAACAGGAUUUGUUUUUGUUUUGUUUUGUUUGCUGCAGCAUGUUCAGUGCUCCGUGUGUGGUUUAUUUAGCGAGUCAUAAAUAUACAUUGGUAGUACGACAGAUUGCAAGUUUUACUUUGUACGUGCGCCGCCGCCAUCUUGGAUUGGCAAGUCGGGGUUGAUGGGGCUGCUCUGACUUUCCGAGUUGGAAGUUCGGAGUUGAAAAUUCUGCCUGGGAACUCAUGAAAUGCACCAUCCUGCUCAGAAUAAACCACCAUAGAGUUGCUGUA